GGGAGGCAGUCGUGCAUGUUUUCCUCCAUAUGAACCAAGCGGCAGCUGUACUGCAACAUGUGGCUGUGGGCAUUGCUCCCCGUCUGUCUGGCAGUCUUUGGCACUGUGGGAAUUUGGACUGUAUUUGCUGUAGCUGUAACAAAUGGAUCAGUGAACCUCACAGAAGGAGUCCCUUACAUCAGUCAGUGUGGCACUUACAACCCUCAGAGCUGUCUCUUUGCCCAGAUCUGCAACAUCUGCUCUGUUUUAGCUCUGUGGAUAGUGGUGAUCCGUUUCCAGCAGGUUAGGGAUUUCGGUACCCAUGGAAAGGCUAAUAUUGCCAGCAUUGUUUUAGGAUUCAUCUCCUCUGUGGGAAUCUCUGUCAUUGGAAACUUCCAGCAAUCAGUCUUGAAGAGUAUUCACCUUUUGGGAGCGUUCCUGGCUUUCUUCGUCGGCAUGGCCUACUUCUGGGUGCAGCUGUUUCUAACCUAUCGGGCUCAGCCGUCUCAGGACCGAUGCUACAUUGGGCCUGCCAGGGCGACCUGCUGCAUCCUCUGUACCAUCUUGGUCAUCAGUAUGACUGUUCUCCACAAUACAGACUAUCCCUCCGAGGCCGCUGUGUGUGAAUGGGCCUUGGUCAUGGUGUUCUUCUUGCUGUUUGGCCUUUUUGCAGCCGAGUUCAGACACAUCGACUGCCACCACCUCACUGUACAGAAACAGGCUCCUGGGAAUGACUGCAGCACUCCCUCAAUAGAAAUAAAUAGUUAUCUCGCAAAAUGCACUUAGCUGAAAACACAAACACACACACACAACACACACACACACACACAGCACACACACACACACACUCACACGGUUGGAAAACAACAAUCCUGUACAGUUGCCAUAUUGUCUAAUGCAGGUCUAAUGCCGUAUAGAGUUUGCUUGUCUUUCAGUGACUCAACUGGGAGUUUCUGAUAUUUCUAUUUAUUAUAUAUUUUCCAUUUUGAAAUAUACAAUAACCUUCCAUGAUACACAAAUAAAGAUUGUAAAAAACACAUUAUGUUUCUAUUUCUUUAAAAUGAUAAUCUAGCUAUUGUUUUUAUGACUAACUGAUUUCCUUGCCUGCCCAUAAAAUGGCUUGUUUUGUUCAACACCAGAUUUUAGUUUGGUCACAUUAGACAGAAAAAGAU